UCAUGAAACACCGUUAGACGUGCAUCUGUAGAUUUAUUGUAUUUUACGACGAAUUAACUUUACUUGCACAAUUUAAAAAUGCACAGUAAAAGUGGCAGGAAUCUAUGCUUGUUUGCCAUCGUUACGAUAUGCUUUCUGGCAAUUUCGCACGGAAGUCCAGUUCCCGACUUGGAAUCAGAUAAAGAUGCAAACGUUACUGACACGACAACAGCAUCUCCCCUUACUACGAUUACGCAAAGUGUGAUAUCACAGGGAACCAAAGGAAAAGCUGACAAGGCACGUGAAUGCGCACUGCAAGCCAUACGGAUAAUUGUUUCUGAUCUUGAUGGCCCCGUCGAUGAAGAGUGUCGUCAGAUAUUGAAAACCAUGACAAUCAAUGCAGGGAAACAUAAAGAAGAAAACAACCCAGUGGACGACGUAGAUCUCCGCAAAGAACUCAAAGAAAUUGCUCAAAGAGAAGUACAAUAUCAAAACAUGAAUGAUGAAAUUGAUCAGGCUGAAAAUCUGAAUGCCGAAAACGAUCUGAUUCAGAUGAAAAAUUGGAGGAGUUUACAUCACGAAAUGAUGACGCAGCUCUACUUGCCAUGGAAUCAGAAAAAAAAGCUACUUCGCGUACUAAAGACAAACAAGAUGCCGUAAGUUAUAAUUUAAACAGUGACUUCAAACCACAUUAUUUUAAAAACGAAAACGAGAAAAGCUCCGACAGGUUCACGAAUAAAGAUUCAGACGUCGAAGUCUUUCAAGAAGGAAAGUUCAUCGUGGAUGAUGAUGGUAUUGGUCUCCUUGAGGAGCCGAAUCCAUCUAAUCGAAACGACAUUGAUGACGAUUUUUUGGUCAUACCACUCCGAUUCCUUCGCAACAACAUGCGCAAUGAACGUGUUCGUGAACACGAAUCCCGUAACAAAAUCGCAGAAGAAAGCAGAGAAGGAAGGAUGAAGUAUGGCAGAAAAAACGACAUGGCAGCAAGAUGGCUUCUUCAAUCAAUAUUAAAUAUGGUGAUCGGCGAACUCGACGACGAACAGAUGACAAACGCGAAAGAAGAUAAAAUCGACGUGAUUGGAUCGGAAGACGAAAAAAGCAAAGCGCAAUCUCAAAUAGAAAAGGCUAAGCAAGAUGACUCUGCCCUCGAUAUCGAAGAUGAUAUAAAUGGCGAAGGUGGAUCUGAUUCAGACAGUCAGUCAGCCGUCGAACACGCGAAGGAGAUGAACACCGGUGUACUAGCUCAAGUUGAAAGUGACAUCGCUAAGCUUGGGAAAGAUCUUCGUCGACUUCAAUUUAACUGACAAUGAUGCUUUUUAUUCCAUGUAAAUAAAUUCACUAUUCAACACAUUAGGUAUGAAUAAAUAAGAAGAGCAAACCUUUACAUUGGUGAUUUAUUCAAUUUCAACAGUUCACUGUUUAACUUGUUAGAUCUCAAAUCAAUAAUUCAAUGAGAUAUUAUUUUACUGGCGUGAAAAAUUUCCCUGAUUACUUGAUAGUUUUCAAUUACUUGUUCUUUAUUUCUGUGUUCUUCAUAUAUAUACCGAAGGCAGACAAAUUCACUUUCAUUUCUAUGUUUUCAUAUUAUUUAUGUAUUAAAAUCUGUACGCAAAUUUUGUUACUGCACCCUUUCUUGUAGAUGUGAGUUUAAUUCAUAUAAAAAUAACAAAAAAA